UUACAGAGCAGAGUCUGGGGAACUCAGACUGUUGUGUAUCACUGUAUUCGGAGAUUCUAUGUCAGUCUUUGGGCUCCUUCACCAGUAUCGUCCCACAAGGAAACCCACAAAAUGAGGCUGAGGAUUCACUGUAAAAGUUUCCCAGACAGUCUGAUGUUUAAUGUCCUUGUUUUACUUCUUCAUCCUGUUUCCACACAAAGAAACAGAAAUCAGAUUUAUUUCUUGGAUCAAGGAAAAGACAUUGUGUUAAAAGGGCCAGACUAUCCUGGGAAUGGUCAUUUUGUCUGGAAAUGGAAACCAUACUCAGGGCAACACACCCACCAAUUGGGGACUUUCAUCAGAGUCUACUCAGUCAGUCAGAGGGAACUUUGGAACAAUGACUGGAAAAGCAGUGACUUCUACCAGGAACUGCGAUUGGAAUAUAAUACUGUUAAUCUGAGAAUUAGAAGACCCAAAUUUAAAUUCGCGGGAUUGCUCACUUUGACUCAAACACAGCCAACAAAGCAAAUCCUGAGACAAUAUGAAAUAUUUGGAAUCAAAGUUGAGACGAGUCCACAGUGGCCUCUGUUGGGCAGUGACGUCACCCUCAGCUGUACCAUCUCCAGACUCCCAGAUACCGUCAGUCUCCACUGGAAACCAGUGGGCUCAUCCCAGCAGAACAGGAGAAACGCUGAUCAGAUCCGCCUGAAUAACACCGUCUAUCUGAUGGUCCGACAUGUUACAGUGAGGGAUGGGAAGUUGUAUCAGUGUGAAGUGCGGGAAAACGGAAACGUUGUUUUCACAAUCAAAGCAGAUUUUACUGUACACACAGAUUUAUAUCAGAGGAGUUACACCCUUUAUCGUCCCAGCAUAGAGUACAGUGAACUCCAACUGGCUUACAAUUCUUAUACUGCUUACACUCAUGGUGUGUGGACCUGGUCAUUGCAUCAACCACGGGGCUAUCACAAACAAAUAGCAUCUGCAAAAUAUUACGAGCCCAUCAACGUCAGUAGCAGCGACUUUGGGAAUCGACUGGGGACCUCGGAGAAACUAUUCUAUGGUACGAAUUUCAACGUGAGGAUUGUCCCGGUUUUGUUUGGAGAUGCCGGAGUUUACACAUGUUAUCGGGAACCAACUACAUUUCUGACCAUUAAGUUAAUCACAGUGAAAGUCACAUCUGAACGGUCUGAUACAGUGACUGAGGGAGACACCGUUACCCUGAGCUGCUCUGUGUCUGACGUCACUGCAUCAACCAGACUGGUUUGGAUCAACGGAGACGGUGAAACUGUUGGAGACAAAACACUGACUGGGGAAGAGAAAUCACUGAGUCUGAUCGUACAUAAAGCUGACAGAGGCAGAGGGAAAUGGACGUGUGGUGUGCUUGAUCAAGACAGGAUCCGGAUUAUCGUCCCGUAUUAUCAAGAGCACAGUGGAAGUGGGAAAUCUAUCUACUUUCUCCAUCAGGAAGGGAACUUUGUAUUGAAUGGACCAGACAAUCCUGGAAGUGACUCCAUAGAUUUGGAAUGGAGGCCACACACAGGGCAACAAACCACAAAGCGAUUGGCCACUUUUCACAGAGAAGAUCAGCGGUGGGCCGUACAAUGGAGUGAUGAGUUCAGUAAAAUACCAGACAUUUCCCAGAGGUUAUAUGUGGACUGGGGUACCCUUAAUCUGAAAAUCAGGAAGCCCACCUUUGAACUUGCAGGACUGUUCACCUGGACACAGACACAGUCCGGUGGGAAAAUCGUGAGACAGUGGGAAGUAUUUGGGAUCAAAGUUGAGGCCGACUCACAGAGACCUGUAAUGGGCAGUGACGUCACCCUCAGCUGUACCAUCUCCAGACUCCCAGAUACCGUCAGUCUCCACUGGAAACCAAGAGGCUCAUCCCAGAGGAACAACAACACUGAUCAGAUCCACCUGAAUAACACCGUCUAUCUGAUGGUCCAACAUGUUGGAACAGGAGAUCCCAGUCUGUACACAUGGGAAGUUCAGGAAAAUGGCUCCAUUGUUCUCACUGGAGACACCAAAGUUGGAGUGGAUGAGGAUUUACACAGUAAGAUGUACAUAGUUUAUCGGUCAGACAUAGAUCACAGUGAACUCAAGCUGAUUUGUGAAAGUUAUUCUGAGUUAAGUAAGACCAAAUGGACUUGGAAGUCACAUUUCCAGAAUCAGGUGAUGGAAAUAGCAACUACCUACAAAGCUCAGCCUAUCAUUAUCAGUAGGAGGAGCUACUUUGAGAACCGACUGGGAACUACACAGGAAAUUCUGAAUGUCAGUAACUUCAUCUUGAGGAUUGUUCCUGUGCAGUUUGAAGAUGCCGGAGAUUACACAUGUUCUCUGGGAUCACAUCCAUACGUGACCAUUGAAUUAAUCACAGUUAGAGUCACAGCUGAACCACCCGAUGCAGUGACUGAGGGAGACACUGUUACCCUGAGCUGCUCUGUGUCUCAGGUCACUGCAUCAACCAGACUGGUUUGGAUCAAUGGAGACGGUGAAACUGUGGAUGAGAAAAUAUUCAUGGAAUGGAAGAAUGAAGAAGAUUACAGUUUUAAGCACACCACUGUUGUAAUUACUGCUGGACUGGCCCUUCUCCUCAUCAUUAUCCUGGUGAUGGUGUUGUGUCUAAGAAAGUGCAAGGUUAUAGGCUUGAGAAAUCAAAGCCAGAAAUCACGACAAACAGAGAGGAACACAGAAGAUGAUUCUAACCUUUAUGCAAAUCCAAAUGAAAUGCAGCCAAUACAAGGAACUAAUGAGAUGCCGGAGCCUGAGACCAGCCAUAUUGCUGAAUAUAUGUCUGUGAGUAGGAAGACAAUACAAGAAGACACAGCAGAAAAUAUUCAUUACGGAUCCAUCUGCUUCAAGGAAAAUGCGCCAGGGGAGAGGCAUGCCACACUAUCCUCCAAUCAACUGUCUGAUACUAAUUUGUCUUCUUCAAAUCAAAAUAUCUCAUCUGUUAUCUAUGCACCGGUAAUAAAAAAACCUACAUGAAUAAUCUGCCGAGAUCAGAAGGGGAGGACUUGUGUGAACACAUGGAAAGUAGCAUACUUUGAAUUUUUUAAUAUAUAUUUUUGAUUUACGAUGUACUUUUCACCGAUGUAUGUGUCCUGAGUUGACAAAAUUCAAAGAUUCAAUCAUUUCAUCGUCACUUCUGACUUGCAAAUGAGAACCAUUUCUCUGAAAGCAAUUUCAGCAUUUUAUUUCAGUUUCUACGGACAUCAUGUGAAAUAAACAGCUUCAUUAUGCAAGAUAGAUUAAAUGGUGUGGGCAUAUUUGUUACCAAUACAACUAGUAUGAAUCGUGGGCAUGUUAUAUUGGUGCUAGAAGUGUGGCCAUACUUAUGGGCUGCCCUUGGACUACGUUGUUGCUUACACAAAACAACACAUUUUGCUUCAUGUUUUGAUGUGUAUAUGGCAAAUAAAAGCUAAUUAUUUGUGUUUCAAAACUUGUCAUGACAAACAGUAAUGACUUAAAUCAAGCACGACAGGGUAAGAUGAACAUUCUAGUCCUUCAAAGGACACUAUAUCUGGGCUUUAUAUGGACUUCCUCAUUUAAUGUAUGCUGUUGAAAGGGUAAAGUCCAUCAAAAACUAAAUGUGGAAGGUGGUGGUGUGCUCCAUUCUUGAAUUAUGGAGUUCCUACAGGAUAGGAUACCCUCCGUUAUUCCUAAGAAGGUUCAUGGUUUUGAUCCGGCGAUAAUGGAAGAAUGGUGAUAUAGUGAUCAUGUUAGUAAGCACCUCCUGUACCUAAUAAAGUGGCCACUA